AUGUACCGUAAACAGCACAAAAAGGAUGCUGCUCAAGAGGCUGUGAAAAAGAGGAGACGUGCAACCAAGAAGCCGUACUCUAGGUCUAUCGUUGGUGCUACUUUGGAAGUUAUUCAAAAGAAGAGAGCAGAGAAACCUGAAGUUCGUGAUGCCGCCAGAGAAGCUGCUCUACGUGAUAUUAAGGAGAGAAUAAAGAAGACCAAGGAUGAGAAGAAGGCAAAGAAGGCCGAGUUUGCUUCCAAGCAACAAAAGAUCAAGGGAAAUAUUCCCAAGAGUGCUGCACCCAAAGCUGCUAAGUUGGGUGGUGGUGGUGGCAGACGUUGA